AUGACGGGCGUCACCUCAUUCACCGUCUACGGGCUCGUCAAGGCGGCGGACUUCCAGCGGUGCGCAGAGGCGGCAGCGUACGUGAAUGAGAAGCUCCCUGAGUCCUAUGCGGUCACAGUGACGCUAGAGGUUCCACGAGAUUUUUUCGAACGACGGGACGCGUGGGCAUCUGUGGGGCAGCUGCCGUCACAGCAACAGCCUGCCGAUAACUCAUCUUCUCGGGGCGGUGAGCCAGCUACCACGGCGUCCGCGGCCUCUAGCGAGCCAGCCGCGGUAGUGGUGGUGAAGCACGGCAGCGAUGGCGAGCCACAGCGCCUUCUUACUGCAGAGAUGUUCCUACACAACAUCGCUAGUCACACGCACUAUCGGCCCGAUGCCACAGAGGACUACUACACCGCGCAAGGGCAGCGUGCGUGGCGCGCCUUCCUCGCAUCGCGUGGCCGGCAGUACUGCUGGAUGGACGUGUCGGUGAGCGGUAUGGCGGUGGGGAGGAUUUGGUUUGAGCUGUACACAGCUGUGGCACCGUUGACGUGCAAGAACUUCUGCGAGCUGUGCCGUGGCACCACGGUGGCCAUGGGCGACACGGUCUCGCCUAACAGCGCCUUCGACCCGCUGCCAGCGCCGCAGUCGUACGACAUUGGCUACAAGGGGACUACGUUCUUCCGGACUUUAAAGGAUGCGUGGGUGAUGGGGGGAGACGUGACCGGAGCGCACUCCGGCAACGGCGGCUACUCGUGCUACGGCCGCUGCUUCCCAGAUGAGACCUACGCCGUUCCCCACGACGCGGCUGGAGUCCUCGGCAUGUGCAACGACGGCCCGCACACGAGCAGCUCCACCUUCUACAUCACGCGUCGGCCCAUGUCGUGGAUGAACGGCAAGUAUGUCGCCUUUGGUCGAGUCAUGGAUGGCAUGCACGUGGUGGAUGCGAUCCACGCGGUAGAAGUACGCCACAACCAAUCCCCGAAAGCGGAGAUCGUCAUCACUGACUGCGAUGUGCUUGACACUACUGCGUAG